AAGGCUAAAUGUUUAAAUCACCAGUAAGUUAAUAUUUUUUUGCGUUUUUAAUCGUUUAGUCAACGGCAUUUAAGAGAACCCUAGCAAAAGGACUGCAGAAAUUAUCUGGAGCGUAUUUAUUCAGCGAUAUUCAACAAGUCAUCUUUCGUAAGGUAAGGGACACUUUAGUGAACCUAGGAAACGCAAGACGUGAUAAAAAGAUUUGAAUUAUGCGCGCUCAAGCUGUGAAUGUAUAAAGAAACCAGUUUUAGGUUGUAAUUACUUGUCUCCACAUCCGUGAGAUGCUCCUAAAGUACCAGUUGUUGUAUUUUCAUUACUUAAUUAGCUAAUUGACUGUUUUUUCUGAUAGUCAAAACAUUUGGAGUUCAUUCCGUCAAUUUUUUUCCUCGUUAUUUCCACAAUAAGUAAACAGAACCGAUACUUUCUAUCGUCUUAUAUUUAUUACUUCCCUAGUAAUCCUACAUUGUAAAAAAUAAUUUUACAUUUGGACUUGACCUAAAACCUACUUAGGCAAAUCGUGUUACCUCUAUAACUUUUAGGAGUUUAAUACAUGAUGAAUCUUAACCUUAUUCCCUUUUUUGCGACAUUUUCAGUUAAUUUACUAUAACAGGUUGCCUCAAAUUUGUCUUCAUUUCUAUUAAAGAACUUCGUCAUAUUUAUAAAGGGCGCUUAAUCUAGGCGUAUGCAGUGUUCGUUUGCAUCCCACCCUUAUUUUAUUUCUUUACACUUUACAGUCCCGUCGAAUAUAUCCAUGACCGACUUACAAAUCCUUGCUCUGUUCUGUUGCCUUGUACCAUGUCUGUCCAUACAGUAUCUUGGGGGUCAGGUCAUUCCUCAGUACUAUCUGCCUUACGUUCUCCGCUCAGAAGUCCCGAGACCUGUCCCCAGGCCUAUCCCACGAUCAACAAUAAUGAGCCCCGAAUUAGCCCGACUGUAUGCGGCAAAGAAACAAGCGAUAAAGAUAGCAAAGGAUAUUGACUCGGAGAUUGAGCACUAUGUUCAGAAUCAGCUCUAUCGCAGAACCUUCGAUACCAACGAUAUGAACUUCCCAUUCUUCAAUCCAAGACCUACGAACCCUUUGUCCGCUGCUAUUGGUGCUCAAGGUGGAGUCUGGUUCCCAGGUCCAUCAGGAGCAGGUGUCGAGGGAAGCCGCAUGCUUGAAGGCCGGGCAAAUCAAGUACCUCCUUUUCGUAGAGCCCAGGCCUCACGGACACCAAGUCAGAGCAGGUUAGCUAGAAUUCUGCAAGUACCGCAAAAUGUCGGUAAUACACAGGUUCCUCGAACAUUCACGCCAACUGGGACCCAGUCUACACCAGACCCCUCCGAUGAGAUAAAUAGUAAGUAAGGCUGCUUCGGUUUGAGCGAUUUUCGAUUGAGUGUCUUAAAACCAAAGAUUAAAUAUUACAAGUUAAGGAGCCAAUUAGAAAUCACUCUGAAAAUAAGCAAACUAUCUGAUGCACGGAAAAACGUAAAUGACUGAGAUGCGAUUGGACUAGUUUCGUAUCUGAUUUGUCGCGAGUGUGGCGCGAGUUUCUGGACCAAUCACAAUGCGAGCUAAAGCAAAACCAAUGCAUUCCGGCUUUUCUAUCGGUGCUCAAUUGAAAAUUGCUCUUUGGGAUGCAAUUUUUUUAUUUUACAAGAGAGGAUUGUGCUGAGAGACUAAACAUCUAUAUUUACCAGCCUCGUUACCAAGGACAAGGUUUCUCAUGUUCCCAUUCCAUUGACUCUGAGAAUGGGAUAACCAUCCCAGGUAAUAUUUUAACUAUUCCCGCUUUUUUAGAACCUAGGAAAUCUAGUGUAACCAAUUAUAUAUCGCGAAGUUUGCUCACGUGGGUCUCACGCGCGGAGACCAUUCCUUUCCCGCUUAAGUGUUUAAAGAACAUACGAGCUACCCGUACGUGAAAUCUAAUCUGUGUAACUGCAUUUGAGUGUAAAAGUGCUUGGCAGGUAUUAUCUAUGCAAUAUGAAGGACACAAUUUCGAAGCUUGAUCCGCUCUUUGAUGUUGAAACUCAUGAAAGGAACUGACAAAUAUCACAGGUCAAACAUCGUUAUGUAUUUAAGUGGGUCAUGGAGCACUUUUUGACCGAGUGUUGGGAAGCCAAAAUCAAAGUUAUCAUAGAGGCGAAUCAGAAGAAAGGAAAUAUCACAAGAAACCAAUUAGAACACAAAGUGAAAAGAAAAAGUGCUUGAAGCGCGGGAAAAAGCGAGUGACUGAUCGGGUUGGGUUAUAGCUUUCAACUUAGUCGGUUAAAGCAUUGAAACGUUUCUGAGGCAGUCAGAGAGCGAAGUGAAGCAAAAACAACACAAUCUAGGAUUUCUUUCGACACUCAGUUUGAAUUUCUCUAAUAGGAGAGAGAGAAACAAUUAAAUGUCAUCUCGCUUUUCCAUAAAAGCGUGAUAUGUCUCGAUACCACUAAUAUUGCAGUGUUUUCCUUACUCAAAGUUCAAAGACUUCUCACAACAUUGUAAGAAAUCUAACCAGUCGGUUCACGUAAAAGAAAACAAUGCAAACAAGUACUCUUGAAUCAUAUUCCCCCACAAAAAUAAAACAUGAAAUGAAUCCUAGAUUACCAUCUGAUUAUUUUGAGGAACCAUCUCGUAAUUCACCUUGCCGUCAUUUGAGAAUUAAAUUUGUAUAUUGAAGAUAAGAUGGGUACACAAAUUUAAAUGAAUAAUUGACUCAACAACAAAAGAAACAAAUUUAAGUGUAAUUUUGUCCUUAGAGGUCGGACUAUUUCUUCCCCCAGGCCUCGGAAAUCCCACAGAAUUUGAUCAGAAAUGCAUGGUACUUAAACUGACGUUCGAAAAGUCAAACGGUGACUUGGUGUUCGACGACUCACUACAGAAGAACAAUGGUCGGCUACAAGGCGAGGCUCAAGUUUUAAAAGACCAUGCCGACCAGGGACGGUCUGUUGAUUUUGGGAACAAUGGAAAAAUUGUUCUUAAACCUGGUUUCAAGGGAAAACCAAAGAAGUCCAUCGCGAUCUCACUGUGGGUCAAGCUAAAAAACGUUCAGGGAGUUAUUCCUCUUAUCACAGCCACCGAUGAAAGAAACUUUGUUCGUUAUGGCCUACAACUGCGCAAUGGCAGAGGAGAAUGGGUGCAUAGAGGGGACUCGGGUAGGGAGUUGUUUCGUAUCCAGUCCAGCACUCCAGAUGUAACUGCUGAAAAAUGGCAUAACAUUGUGGGCAGCUUCGACUCCAUGUCAAGGACUGCGUCACUCUGGGUGGACGGCAAGCAAGUAGGCAAAGAAGAUGGAAUCAGCGGUGUACUCUCACAGAAGUGGAACAAGCUAACCAUAUUUGGAGGGAAAGCGCGUGGAGACAUGGACAAUGUCUUUAUGUUCAGAUGUCCACUGGACAAAACCAAAAUCGUAGCUCUGUAUGUGUCUGCAGCAUCUCCUAAAGAAGUCAAAAGAGAUUUAAUUCCAAGACCUAAAUGAUGUGGGGUAAUUUUAAGUGCAACCGAGUGCGGAAAGUAUUCCAGGAUUGCUUUGGUUUUGCUUUACUAUCCGUGUAAUCAGUCUUGAAACCUCGACAAGGAACUAGUAAGAUGCAUAACUUACAUCCAAUCGCAUCUCAGUUGCUAAUUUUUUCCUCGGUUGAAGCCGUUUUCAUGUACAUUUUGCUUCAUAAGUCAAUGGUUCCACUGGCCAUGCUGACCCAUUGAUACUGAAAUGGACCUUUUGUUCUUAUUGAUUGGGAUCCCUUCGUUCGGCUUCAGUUUUAUGUUUAAAACCCCUGUUAGUGGUAACACGACUUUGGGUCACCUUAAUUAUUAAUAAAAAAUCCAGGGUAAGUUUUGUUAAACUAUUUUCCAAUAGCUCAGUUUAACUUACAUUUCAGAUGCACGAUUAAAUAACAACCAUUGACUAAUUAAAUUCUGUAACCCAACUGCAACUAUCCACUUUCAAUGCUUUCUGUGAUCGUUAAGAGAGAAAAUAAUCACUCUCCGCAGUAAAACUAAAAAAACCUAACUUUCGCUGAUCAUUUGCUAAUCCAUGUAUGGCCACGUAUCUAGAUUACUUGUACUUGAAGAUU